GUGUGAGAUGGGGGCACUGACAUUACAAUGAGGUAUGGGGGGGGGAUAGUUAGAGCAAAUUCUCGUCAGAAACAAACCUCGAGAGAAAAUUUUCACAAAACAAGAGCGACCCCCACCCUUCAAGAAAACCAGGGUCAAAGUUCACAGGAAGCUGGGGGGCUGCCAUUUUUUUCCGCUACUGCUAGCAUUUAACGGUAGAUGCUAAAAUCGACGGGGAGGGGCGCUUGGUUUUCUAUAACGUUAGCUAGCUGGUAUCAAGUGUGCGAACAGGAGCAUUAAAAUACAAAUAAAAAAACACCCCCCACCCCCCCUUUGCUAUUUCUCCGACCGCUGCCGGUAACAUCCAUUGUUAUUUGAUGAAUUCGGCAUGGAGAAGGUAGCGGAGCCGUCUUGGACUUCUUCGUACACCUACCAGGUGAGCAAGCACAGUGCGGAGAUGCUACACAACCUCAAUGUUCAGAGGAAAGAUGGAGGCAGGUUCUGCGAUGUGGUGUUGCGCGUCGGCGAGGAGAGCUUCCCCGCUCACAGAGCUGUUUUGGCGGCGUGCAGCGAGUAUUUCGAGUCGGUGUUCAGCCGCCAGACCGACGGCGAAACGAAGGAGCUAGAGAUGCACACCAUCAGCCCCAAAGUUUUUAAAGACGUUUUGGACUUCGCGUAUACGUCGAGGAUUGUGGUGCGUCUGGAGUGUUUCCCGGAGUUAAUGACUGCUGCCAAGUUCCUGCUGAUGCGCUCGGUCAUUGAGAUAUGUCAGGAGGUGAUCAAGCAGUCAAAUGUGCAAAUCCUCGUCCCGACGUCGCGCCGAGCCGACGCCAGUCUCUUCCAGGCCACUGCAGCCACGGAGCUGGGUUUCCCGGUGGCACCGCAGGAUCUUGUAAACGGAACCGGGGUCCUGGUGAACGUUCAAAGCUUCGCUGACAAUCCGCAAAUGCAUGUGGACGGUGGUGAAGACACCGCCGCUGUGUUGUUACAGGACGGCGGAGAGACCUCGGUGCCAAUUUUGGAGCCUGUGGAGGGACUGUCUGUUUCCCCGACUACGGAGACACCGGGGAACACGUUUCAACACGACGCUGGCUCCCCGGGGUCUAAAAAGAGCAGGGUGAGACCAAAGAAAGACGGCGGGGUUGUGGAAACUGUCCUAUUUAACACCAGCUCGCUGAAAGACACUGUCCUGUUCCCGUGCGGGACUUGUGGUAAAGCUUUUACCGAGGCGUCCCGCUUGAAGAAUCACGAAGCGCAACACGGAGCUCACACCGGUGUAAACAAUGCCGGUGACCGCCUGUCAACAGUGGGUGGCAUGUCUUUAAUGUCCCAGCCUGGGCUGACGGAAAACGGAGAGCUGACGCUGGACAAUGGGAGAAAACGAGAGAGGAUCAGGCGGCACGUUGGCUGUGACAUUUGCGGUAAAGUUUUCCGCGAUGUUUAUCACCUGAACCGACACAAGCUGUCUCAUUCCGGGGAGAAACCGUAUGCGUGCCAUGUGUGCGGGCUCCGGUUCAAACGCAAGGACAGGAUGUCAUACCAUGUGCGGUCCCAUGACGGGUCGGUUGGGAAACCUUAUGUUUGCCAAAGCUGUGGUAAAGGUUUUUCAAGACCAGACCACCUGAAUGGACAUAUCAAACAGGUUCACACAACAGAAAGACCCCACCAGUGCCAGAUAUGUAAUGCCUCCUUUGCUACAAGAGAUCGCCUCCGGUCACACCUUGCAUGUCAUGAGGACAAAAUCCCCUGCAAAGUUUGUGGCAAGUUUCUGCGAGCUGCCUACAUGACAGACCACCUGAAGAAACACAGUGAAGGAACACAUAACUACUGUGGCAUUUGCAACAAAGGUUUCUCCACUGCAUCUUACCUUAAGGUGCAUAUAAAGACACACCAUGGCUCUCCUUUGCCCCCCUCUACCACAAUGCACACCUUCCCUGAGCCAAGGGGGGAGCUGCAGAUGCACAACGGCAACCCUUACCACAUGGGACGCCAGUGCUCAGUGGAAGACCUGUGCGCCAGUCGCCAGCUGUUUCUCACCUUGCCUGAGGCAGAGGGUCGCUUUCAUGGACACCCAGCUCUUCCCCAGCCCGGCCCCCCAGCUUUGGGCCUGCAGCCUGAGCUGCUCAUGGGGAAGGCAGGUGGGGCUCCAUAUUUCUGGGAGUGUCGCUCUGGCGGGCUGCCUGGCUUCCCUGACCAUGGGCAUGUCACAGACGGACAGGAGAACAUUGGGAAAUGUCCUCAUCUAGAAUCAGAAGAAUCAGAUCCUUCAUUUGGGGAGUUGCCCAGUAGUGAAGAGCUUAAAACCCCACACAAACCAGAAGGACCAGAGCUUGAGAUGCCCUCUUUAGCCUGUAAUGGAGCCUCUACAGAUAGCUUGGGGUCUCCAGAGGGAUCUAAAGCCAAGACACCAGAGCCUGAGAAGAAGUUUAUCUGCCCCAUCUGCGGCCAGGCCUUCCGCACCAAGUCCUACCUCAACAAGCACCAGCAUAGAGUUCACAAAGCCCAGAAGGCCCAGGGGGUUUCUGGGUCGAGCUUAAACGAGCUGGCACCCUCCCUGACCUCCCCCUUCUCCCCUCAACAAAACAUGUCUCUGCUCGAGUCUUUUGGCUUUCAGAUAGUCCAGUCUGCGUUUGCCUCCUCAUUGGUGGAUGCUGAAGAGGGUCAGAGUGGACUCGACUUUGGGGGGAAGUGACGCAAUUGCUUAAGUUAAAGCAAAGCCUUUCAUUCUUAGGACAAAGCCGGGUCGCCCACAGACGCUGCUCUGUAUAUGGGAAUAACUUUGCCUCAAGACUACUUUUUCUGUUUCCUCACAUUUGCUUAAUGUUUGUGAUUUUCUUUCACAGACUGCCAUAUAAUUCCUACUUUUUCUACUUUUUCAGAGUACGGAAAGUGCAUAUACAAUGUUUAAAUUGUUGGUUUAAAAUGGACAAUAUGAGGGCGUAAUUUCCUUUAUCUGACAUGAAUCUGCUAAAGUGAUGUUUGGUGUACUUUUAUUUGGUUCUUUGCUUUGAUGUAAUUGAGCUCUCUUAGCUACACAAAUGUUUUCUUGGUGUGUUAUUUACAGAAAGCUUAAAUCAAUUUAAUAAUAGUCAGUUAUUAUGAAUUCUAUAUUUAUGUUCCCUGUGUCUUUUAAGAAUGAUUUUCCUGAGAACAUGGAUAUAAGUAGGCCCUUAUGUUUUUCUUUGAAGCUGUUAAUUAUUCCAUGAAACAUUCCUAACAGGCUCACAGCAAAAUUCGACACAUUCAUAUGAGCUUUUUCUUCUGCUGUAUGAAGACAUUUCUGUCAAAUAUCUAAAUACAUGACUGUUUAAUGGAAAAAAAUUUGAAACAUCGAUUAGAGUUUAAGUUUUAGCAUAUAUGAUACUGUAAAAGCUGAAAAUUUUAGAUAAAACAAAAUAAAGCUACCUCAAAGAAGUGAAAAUGACCAUCAUAUUUGGCAUAUAGUUGAGUAAGUUCUUUAUUAGAGUUGAAGAAGUCACAGCUAAUUAUAAAUAAACUAGCACAUCGCCGUCCUUAUUCUUUUUAAUCAUAGUUCUGUCAAAAUGUUUGAAGUCCUACCUGCAGAUAUAUUUUUUAUCCCAUCAUUUGAACAAAGCCCUUGUGGAGAUGCUGUGAAGCGUGUACAGAGAGCAGAGUUUGCACACUGAUGUGACAUGAGGACAGAUGUGCUCGAAAUGAAGGAAAUCUACUGGCAGCUCAUUUGGAUGUAAAAAGGUCCUUAAGCAAAAAAUAAUAAUAAUUUGAUAAUUCAUACAAUGAAUGACUUGUUUAAGAUAUUGUAUUAAGGUCCCUACUGCAACACACAUAUUUUUAGUUUAAAAAAAAUAAUCUAUUUUUCAAGGAUAAAACACCUUUAAAAGCCUUAAAAUGUGUUUUCAAACUUGCAGUGAGCUUGUUGGGAAGGAGCUUCGUAUCCCCAUAUACAAUGACGACGAUUCCAGCUCUUAUUUGUUUGGUGAUAAAUUAGUUGGGUUCAUUGAGCAGGGACCAAGGUCAGGUAUAUUUAGAGAAAUGUGGAAUAUAUUUUAUUAACUUAUUCAUGCCCUCUGAAUCGUGUUUGUUUUUUUAAAUUGUCUAUAGAUAAUCUUGUGAUUUGCUUAUUUUGACAUUUUUUCACUCUAAAUUAUGUUAAAUUGAGAUGAUUGCUCGUUUGUGUGUGUGUGUGUGCGUGCGUGUGUGUUCUGCUUCAGCUUGAGGGCGAGAUGAUAGUCCCACCCUCAUCCUAUAUAACCUCUGGACCAAUCAAACAUAAUGCAAGUUAUAUGACUAUUUCAAUCAUCCUCUUUAUCUCAUCUGGUUUUGCUUCUGUCAGAUGUGCUGUUGGUAGAUAACAUAUUCUGUGUUUGCACUACUGGUCGCUAGGAUUGGACACGACAUCUAUCAAGGUGUUUCACUCUGAAAUGUAUUUCAUUCGAGACAUUCUUGUGAAGAGAUCAAAAGCGUAUGUGUGGCCCUCUCUUCAAGCGUCAUCAGUUGGAUAUCAAGCUUUCUCACAAAUAUUUUGAUUAGUUUUUCUUGUGUUGUAAAAAUUAUGAAUAUCAAAGCAAGUCCCACAGAGAAGGAUUUUAGUAGUGUGUGUGUGUGAGUGUGUAUGGCAACUGCUCCAUGAAGCCAUUGUUUGUGAUCUGUGUUUCAUUUUUUCUGUUUGAAUUAUGAUUUGUGAGUAAGUCUGUUAAACUCAGUACAUUCCUAUAUUAUUUAUGGUUAUGUUGUGAUUGUAACAAGUGUAUAUACCAUUCAUAUACACAAUCUAUUAAUAUAAGUAUAUAUCUAUAAAUAUAUAUGACCCAACCAGUAUGAUCAGUGUUUGUCAAUGGUGGUCGUGUACAUAGAAACAUGUUUUUGUUCUUGUCCAUCAUGUGGAGGGAUGUUAACUUAUGGCUGUUUGAAGCUGGGGACUGAAUGUCGAUCACUGGUUGGUGGAGGUUUAAGAGUCUCACUGUUCACCGUGCUGUUUCUCAUGUUUGACCAAGUUUAUUUUUGUCCCUUUUUUUGAUCCACUCUGCACUAUUUAGUCCUUUAAAAACUAAAAGAAGGGUUGUUUUUUUGUUGUCAAUUCUUCGAAAACAAGUGCAAGAUGCUGUAAGGAAAUGAGUGCUUUUCUUCAAUGGGAUGUUUGAUUCAUUUUCACUUAUGUUGGUACUCGAGUGUAAAAAGAUGUCUUCAAGGAUCAUUUUGGCCUCAACUCUUUUUUGCUUUCUGCUUUUGGUCUGUUGCAAAGUGCCUUCCAAAUACUGAUUGUGCACAGCAGUGGAUUAAAAAAAAAAAGGUCCUGUUUUCUAAAAGGUAAGAAUUGUAUAGAGUGACUUGCGUUGACACUUUUGUAUAAAAACACACAGAAAAUGUACAAUAUAUUAACUUGGUAUUUUAUCAUCAUACUCAACCAGACUGCUCCUAAAACAUGUGAGCUACAUGUUUUGUUAUAACGUCUUUGGACAUAUUUCAAUAUAAGCAUACUUUUCUAUGGAUAUUUGUUUUUGUACUCUGUUAUCGAGUCUCAUCUCUCUUGUUGGUACAGAGAUGAGUAUCUAAUAAACUGCAAUUGAAAAAGCUA